CUGGUAACCUAUUGAUUGAAUAUGUGCCAAUUCUGCAAUGCUCGUAAGCUGUACUGGUACAUACCUCAUUGCAUUGCCAUGUGCCAAGAAACAAGGAUCAACCGAAGCGCAAAAGUUCCAAUGGCCAGAAGACAAACAAGAACAACGCACAACUGGUUGUCUUUUCCUCUGCGGUCGCCGAUUUGUCAGCGCGUCUGCGGCUCGACACCCUGAUUGGGACCCUUGUAUUACUUUUUUAUUUUGGUUUUAGUUUCCUCCCAAUGUUUCCUCUGCGGAACCUAUUUGGUCACCGCUAUUUAAAACUGUUUUCCCAUACUGAAUGCCAUUCUCUCCAUACUCAAUGGCUAGUGCGAAUACCUAAAAAGAUCACAACACUAUGGCAACUCCUCCAAAAGACGACUUGGUCGAGUCUCGCGAAAAGGCGGUUGAAGAUGGCUCUCUGGGAGCCGGUGAUGACGCCAUGCCCACCACUGAUAGCCAGACCAUCGAACACGAGCCGAAUUCUGUGAAACAAGUGCUUCACAUUACCGUCACGAUGGCAGCCCUAAUGAUCGCUUUGCUCCUAGUCGCACUCGAUACUAACAUUCUUGCGGUUGUCAUUCCAAGGAUCACCACCGAUUUUGGCAGCCUAGAUGAUGUAGCAUGGUAUGGUUCUGCUUACUCUAUUACCAAGAUGGCUUUGCAGCCUACCUUCGGCCGCCUGUACUACACUAUGAGCCUAAAGAUUACCUUCUGCGUUUGCGUCGUUUUCUUUUUGGCUGGUUCUAUUAUCUGUGCGUUAGCGCCAAACUCGCCUGCCCUGAUAGUUGGUCGUGCAGUACAGGGGUGUGGCUGUGCCGGUAUACAUGCCGGCGUCUUGAGCAUCAUGGCCUUCCUUGUAUCGAAAGAGAAGAUGCCCAUUUUCAUUGCCAUCCUUUCCAGCGUGUAUGCGGUGUCCUCCGUACUUGGACCUGUCCUAGGCGGCGUCCUGACUGAAAGUCGAUUGACUUGGCGCUUCUGUUUCUGGAUCAACCUGCCGAUCGGGGUUGUCUCCAUUUUAGUCACUAUCUUUUGCUUCCGCGAGCCAGAACGGGAAUCAACAAAGAUGCCUCUUCGCGAGAAGCUAUCUACUCUCGAUCCCAUUGGUAGCUGCAUUUUAAUUGGAGCUAUCACUUGUCUUAUCCUGGGCCUGCAGUGGGGAGGCAUAACACUGCCUUGGUCUGACUCCAAGGUUUGGGGAUGUCUUGUGGGCUUUGCCUUGUCAAUGGCCGUGUUCAUUGUACUUCAGAUCCACCGGAAGGAACGGGCUCUGAUUCCUAUGCGCAUCCUAACGCAACGCACAAUCGCGGCCACCUGUGCCGUUGUAACCUUCCAAAUGAUGGCAGUGACUGGUCUGACAUACUACCUCCCGUUGUUUUUCCAAGCAUCCAGAGGCCUUUCGCCAACCGACGCUGGACUUUAUCUGCUUGGCUUUGCCUUGCCAAGCCCCGUUUUUUCUUUUUUCUCCGGCUUUGUGGUGACAAAGACUGGACACUAUAUUGUAUGGCUUCUUACCGGUGGAUCUAUAUUGACGGUUGGUGCUGGACUUUUGUCAACCCUUACCAUAGACAACAGUCCGUUGAGGAAGAUUAUUGGGUUCGAGUUUCUUGCCAGUGCCGGAUUUGGCCUCGCGGUUCAGCAGCCCUUGGUCGCCAUCCGAAACGUAUUAGUAGCGGAGGACAUGCCAAUGGGAAAUGCACUGUUUGUGUUUUCACAGGCAUUUGGAACGGUUGUGGGAUUAGCCAUUACUCAGGUGAUCUUUUUGAGCACUCUAAAAGCUAGACUGGGGAGCCGGCUACCGGACGAUCAGGUGGCUGCCAUCAUUGAAAUGGGAGCUGGAAGCGUGAAUCAGAAUCCGCCUGAGCUAGCUCCAUUCGUUGCAGCUUCUUAUGGAGAUUCCACACAAAAUGCUCUAUACUUGUCAGUUGCAAGCGCUGGGCUAUCAUUCGUCUGUGGUUGGCUACUUGAGUGGAAGAGUGUCAAGCGGGAACCACAGAAGAAAGACUAAAGUGAUUAACCUCCAGUGGAGAGUUAUCAUAUUUCGGAUAGCUUUCCACGGAAAGCUAUGGUUGGAAUGGUGUUCCCGGCGUGAAUAUGCCUUGGCCACUCUGCAUUGCGACCUGCAACCUCUAGUGAUCAAGACCCACUGUAUACCACUCAUCCUAGAAGAUGACACAGCCUGAGAGUGGAACGAGGUAGUUUGGAUAACUUGCAGGAAAAUCUUUUUUUUCUUUCUUUCUUUUCCUCGUAAAUUGGGAGAUAUCAAAACUAUUUUCGGACGCGUGUUGAUUGGAUGUGAAUUGCGGGUGACAGAUGCGAAAGGGAAAUAUCAUUGUAUCAUAUUUACCUCCUUUUGGGCUGGCCACAUGGACCAGUUAUAUACUAGUCUAGAGUGAUAUUGGGCCCAGAUUGUAUGGUCUGGGAAAUUUAAAAAAAAAAAAAAAAAAAAAA